CCGGACCUCUCGGCCGGCGGCGGCGCCGCGGAACCCGAGCUGGAGCCGCGCGCCCCGCCCGCCCUCCAUGGCGUUCACCCGGAAGAGGCAGCGCGAGCAGCAGCUGCAGCUCUACUCCAGGGAGAGAUUUUCCUUGCUCCUGCUUAACUUGGAGGAGUACUACUUUGAACAGCACACGGCUCAUCACAUUCAGCACAAGGGCAGCCAGAAGGAAAGGAAAAUCAGAGGCUCCUUAAAAAUAUGUUCAAAAUCAGUUAUUUUUGAACCGGAUGCAAUAUCCCAACCCAUCAUUAAGAUUCCUUUGAGGGAUUGUAUAAAAAUAGGAAAACAUGGGGAAAAUGAAGCCAAUAGACACUUUGCAAAGACAGUAUCUGGGGCGAUUUCACUCAUUUUCAGCCAGGUGUAUUUCAUUAAAGAACACAACAUUGUUGCACCGUAUAAAAUAGAAAGGGGCACGAUGGAGUAUGUCUUCGAGCUGGAUGUUUCAGGGAAAGUAGAAGAUGUUGUGGAGACACUGCUUCAGCUUCAUAGAGCAUCCUGUCUGGACAAACUGGGGGACCAAACUGCCAUGAUAACAGCUAUCUUGCAGUCCCGUUUGGCUAGGACGUCAUUUGACAAAAACAGAUUCCAAAGUGUUUCUGAAAAGCUGCACAUGGAAUGCAAAGCAGAAAUGGUGACACCUCUGGUGACGAACCCUGGCCACGCCUGCGUCACUGACACCACCCUCUAUUUCCAGCCUCUCAACGGGUACCCGAAACCCGUGGUCCAGAUAAUGCUCCAGGACAUCCGCCGCAUUUACAAGAGGAGACACGGCCUCAUGCCUCUGGGCUUGGAAGUGUUUUGCACAGAAGAUGACCUGUGUUCUGACAUCUACCUGAAGUUCUAUGAACGUCAGGACCGAGACGACCUCUAUUUUUACAUCGCUACAUAUCUAGAGCACCACGUGCCUGAGCGCACGGCCGAGGGCUACACGCUGCAGUGGCAGCGCGGCCUCCUGUCCAACUACCAGUACCUGCUGCACCUCAACUCGCUGGCCGACCGCAGCUGCAGCGACCUCUCACAGUACCCCGUGUUCCCCUGGGUCAUCGGCGACUACAGCAGCUCCGAGCUGGAUCUGUCAAAUCCAGAGACCUUCCGGGAUCUCAGUAAGCCAGUAGGGGCCCUCAACCAGGAGCGUCUGGAGAGGCUGCUGACCCGCUACCAGGAGAUGCCGGAGCCCAGGUUCAUGUACGGCAGCCACUACUCCUCCCCGGGCUACGUGCUCUUCUACCUGGUCCGGAUCGCACCGGAGUACAUGCUGUGCCUGCAGAAUGGAAGGUUCGACAACGCAGACAGAAUGUUCAACAGUAUUGCAGAAACUUGGAAAAAUUGUUUGGAUGGUGCAACCGAUUUUAAAGAGCUGAUCCCGGAAUUCUACGGUGAUGAUGUCAGCUUUUUAGUCAACAGUCUGAAGUUGGAUUUGGGGAAGAGACAAGGAGGGCAGCUGGUUAACGACGUAGAGCUCCCCCCUUGGGCACGGAGUCCCGAGGACUUUCUCCAGAAGAGCAGAGCCGCACUGGAGAGUGAGCACGUGUCCGAGCACCUGCACGAGUGGAUCGACCUGGUGUUUGGCUACAAGCAGCAGGGCCGGGAUGCCAUCGGAGCCCAUAAUGUGUUUCAUCCGCUGACCUAUGAAGGAGGUGUGGACUUGAACAGCAUCGAGGAUCCUGACGAGAAGGUCGCCAUGCUCACCCAGAUCUUAGAGUUUGGACAGACACCCAGACAGCUCUUUGUGACACCCCAUCCUCGAAGGAUCACCCCAAAGUUUAAAAGCUUGUCCCAGCCCUCCAGUUACAAUGCCUCCACGGCAGAUUCUCCAGUCUCUCCAGGCGAAGAGUCUUUUGAAGACCUGACAGAAGAGAGCAGAACCCUGGCUUGGAGUAACAUCGCCCGGCUAGAGCCCCAGGAGCAACACAGAAUCCACAAGGAGGCAGUCACUGGAAUAGCCGUGUCCCGCAACGGGUCGUCCAUCUUCACAACCUCACAAGAUUCCACCUUGAAGAUGUUUUCCAAAGAAUCCAGGAUGCUACAGAGAAGCAUAUCAUUCUCAAAUAUGGCUUUAUCAUCCUGUUUACUUUUACCAGGAGACGCCACUGUCAUAAGCUCUUCCUGGGAUAAUAACAUCUAUUUUUAUUCCAUAGCAUUUGGAAGACGCCAGGACACAUUAAUGGGACAUGAUGAUGCUGUUAGUAAGAUCUGUUGGCAUGACAACAGGCUGUAUUCUGCAUCGUGGGACUCUACUGUGAAGGUGUGGUCCGGGGUCCCCGCGGAGAUGCCGUGUGCCAGGAAACAGCACUUUGAGCUGCUGGCUGAGCUGGAGCACGAUGUCAGCGUGGAUACGAUCAGUUUGAACGCUGCCGGCACACUGCUGGCCUCAGGCACCAAGGAAGGCACAGUGACCAUCUGGGACCUCACCACGGCCACCCUGUUACACCAGAUUCCAUGUCAUGAGGGGACUGUAGGCGACAGUGCUUUCAGCCCAGACAGUCGCCACGUCCUGAGCACAGGAGCCGACAGCCGUCUGAACGUCAUCGACGUACAGACAGGAAUGCUCAUCUCAUCUCUGACUGCGGACGAGCCCCAGAGGUGCUUUCUCUGGGAUGGAAACUCCGUCGUAUCUGGCAGUCAGUCUGGGGAGCUGCUCGUCUGGGACCUCCUCGGGGGAAGGGUCAGCAAGAGGAUCCAGGGCCACGGGGGUGCCGUGACAUGUAUGUGGAUGAACGAACAGUGUAGCAACGUCAUCACAGGAGGGGAAGACAGACAAAUUAUGUUCUGGAAGUUGCAGUAUUAAGUGCCUUUUCCUUGAAUGUUUUUGAACUCUAUUUAAUGUACUUUUAAACCAAACUUUUAAAGGAAUUGGUGAAUGUGCAAUUAUAGUAAUUACAAAUUUCACCACAUGAGAAAUUUGUGGUUUUAGACUGUAUAAAUCAUGGUGACUUCACUGAAAGCUGUUAGCUGUCAUCCUCUAAGGCGGAUGAAGGCGUGGGAGAUUUGGGGAAGGAACAUCUGUGAGGCAGGCGGCUGUCCCAGGGUGCUGACGUCAGAAAGCAAGUCUGGGCGAGAGCGAGCAGCUGAAAGGUAACUCAACCAGCUGGGGGCGACCUCCCGAAAGCACCGAACAGUUUAAGGGCUCUGCAAGAAACCCUGAGUAUUCUCCGCUGUUGCCAAGCCACCCUAUCUAACGGACACACUUGCGGCAUGCCUGCUGGAUUGGGGAUGUGUGUUUUCAUGGAGUGGUCACUUUCUAUAACCUGCUGGCCCCAGAUUCUGAGAACCUGGGCAAGGAUUAGCAGUUCUUAUAACAGUUUACUGUGUAUAGGAAUGGUUUAUUUCAUUAUGGCUGUUAAAUGCUCAUCUUUUCUAUGACAUUAAAAAUAUUUUUCUGUA